AUGGAUGCCGCUGAGGGUGGCGGCACGCACGUCAUUGAAGUGGUAAGUGACGACUACUUCCCCUCUGAAAUCGAUGAGAGAGAAGCCCAGCAGCAGCUUAGCGGUAGUGGUUCUCGUGAUGGCGGCGCAUCGGCGCAACUGGGUGUGACCUCGGCCAGCUGGCGGAAGCUCGAGGCAUAUAUCUACUCGGAUGCCGCGGUAUUGGAUCUACGGUCACACACAUGGAUUUCCAUUCCCAGCGCCGAAGCGCGGUGGCGCCGCUGGCGCCUCAUGAACUGCAUGCUCGAACAGAACCCACCCACCCCCAUCACCAUUACGGAUCUUUCUUCGUCGCUGAAGCCAAGCAAGGCAAGUUUCCGCGUGGCGCCUCAGGAAGGCAUUGCUCCCACUGCCGACCACCAGACGGCAAAGACGCCGCCACACGCCGCUGCUGCUCCGCCCCCUUCGGCUUCCUCCACUCCCUCGUCGUCUUCAUCACCCACUGCCAGCACGAGUAUACUCGCUACAAACGCCUCGCAACACGACGCUGCUUCCCCGAAUGUGGCACGCGAGAGUGAAAGCGUCACGGUGGGCCGGAGUUCGCUGGACGUGUAUGUGCUCAGUGAUGCAAAGGUAAAGACCAAAGAUCAGCAUCCGCCGACGAUGGCGCCAGACUCAGAGGGCGCUCGGAACAUAACGAAGUGGCGACUGGCCAACGCGCCGUACUUGGCUCGUGGCUUCACAAGUGACGUGUUUCCGCCCGAGUGUCGCCAACUGCUCGAGGACUUUCCCAUGGGUGCGCAGACGGAGAACUGGAGCAUGUUUGUUGUGGCGGCCACGCUCAGUUUUUAUCAACGGCAAGCACACACGUGGGCGACCUCGUGGUGGACGUGGAGUGCCGAGCUAGCUGGCGGCGGCGGCAGCCUGUUCAGCCGGUGGCUGACUGCACCAAGUACAGCUGCCCCCGUGAAUGGAAGCGUUUUGGGUAUGGCAGGGAGCGUCACCAGCGCUGCUGCUGACACCACCGCUGCCAACGCCGCUGCUUCAGCGGUGCUUGCACCACUGGUGGGCGUGGCGUAUGCUGUGCGCAUUCUGCUCCUCUGCGUACUGUACGCUCUACGCAGCCUGCUACGCGCUGGGCACCUUGCGGGCGCCCGACUUGUACGGUUUGAGACGUCGUCCACUCUUCCAGCGAAGGACUCCAUCAUGUGGACCCUUGCCAUGAACAAGGUUUGGCGACUGCAGGUGGAGUUGAUGCUCGCGAGCACUGCCUUCAUCCUGCUUGUUGUGUGCGUGCUAGUCCUCCUGCGCUACCGCAAGUACACACAGACGUUGGAGUCGUGGGAGGCUGAGAUGGCGCGCCACACUGCGGGAGAGGCGGCGAAGUGGACGGCGCAAACGGAUGUCCGGCAGCGAGGAGUGGGCACCCCAACGUCCGCGACCGUUCACGCAGGAGAGCCCCUCUACGACAGUGCGAGCAACGGCAGCGGCGGCAGUAUCUUCCAGGUUCCCGUGAAGCCGUCCUCGACGCCUCUGAGUGGCCAAGGGAACUUUCGAGCGGCGUCGGACAGCACCGCCAAACUCCAGGAUAAGCCUUUUUGGUACGUCGACGUGGAGAAUGAGGCUAGCGAGGGCGCAGCCUCCUCUGGCUCAUCCCCACGCCGCCGGUCCGAAAGCAGCGAUAGCGGCACAGACGACACCUUAAUAACUCAAUCCUCUGGCGAGCUGCCUCAGGACUCUUUCCGCGGUCGUGGUGGUGCUGCUGCCGGCGGCGUGGACGUAGUCGCAGGCAGCACAGCUGUGACACCAAAGUUACCUGCUAGCCUUGCCUCACUGACCGCGAACCUCUCGUUGCCGCUAGUGAUUAGUGAGCCGCGGCGUGGAGGUGUGGGUGGCAUGUGCAGCAGCAACAACAGCGGCGCCGCUCCCGCUGAGCGGGGCAGAUCCCCAUGGAUGUCGACAGUGCUGGAGUCUUCGAAUGCGUCCGACAGACCGGGCAACCUAACGCUAUCGUGGAGGCACGCCAUGCCACUGCAAGCUUCUGAAGGCGCAUCGAGCGGCUCCGCAACGCCGCGGAGAGUGGAAGUAGCGCUGCGAAACAGAACGUUCAGUCGAACAGCAGAGCGGGCCCAGUGGGUGUCCGAUGUCUUCUCCGCCUCCACGUCUGUUGAUGAGGGCGCAAGCGCGGGUGAAGACCAGGCCAUCGCUAGAAGAGCGUCGCCUACAUUUUUCACGGAUGCGUCACUGGCAUUUGGAGCUGCCACCACAGGGGAUGCUGUCGGUCUCGAGCCACGCGUAGAGCAAGGCACCUGCGCAAACGACAAUGCUGGUAUGGACCAGGACAAGAAGAGGGAGGACGACACGGAGGCGGGGCGGCAAUCACUGCAGCCCGCGCGCACUCCCAACGGCAAGGCACUGUACUCGCUCCCGCCUUGCCCAACUGCCGCCUGUGAGGAUGAGACACGUGGCGCAACCCAAACCUUUCACGAAGGUGCGCUGGCGGCGUUGGUGUCGAUGGAUAACGAUCAUGAACUGGGAAGAUAG